AUGGCAUAUAAAUUUCUCCUUAUUUUGCUCCUAUUACAAGUGCAUGCAGCAGUGGGUAAAGGAAGCGGCUGCUUUUGGGACUUGUUAGGCAGGAUCUUCCCCUGUAUAGAAACAACUAUCACUGAGAGAGAGAACUAUGAUAGACUUUCAGAAUUUUGCUUGAAGCUUUGCACUUGGAAAGGUAAAUUCUGGACGGACUGCAUAGAAGAAUGCAUGAAAAGACAUAAAAAUUUCAAAUUUGAAAACGAAGCCACACCCGAACCAUUACCGCAACCGCCACUUAACUUUUACUUUUAG